ACUUGUGGCGCUGGUUUGCAUAGUUGCUCAGUGUUGCUCAGCUUUGGGCGAUAGAGAAAAGUCUGGAAUUUUGGGGUUUUGGAGAGAAAAAGGCACUUCUGCAGGACUUCUCGAGUUAGAAAUGGCAGAUUCUACGGAAGAGGCUGUUCCCGCCGGCUGGGAGAAGAGAUUGAGCCGCUCCACAGGGAUGCACUACUACCUCAAUGUCCACACGAAGGAGUCCCAGUGGGACCUGCCCACGGCUCCUGCAGAGGCCGCCUCGUCACAGGGCCCCAGCCAGAUCCAGUGUUCACACCUCCUGGUCAAGCAUAGCAAGAGUCGGCGGCCGAGCUCGUGGCGCCAGGAGAACAUCACGCGCUCCAAAGAGGAAGCCCAGAAGGUCCUCGAGGGCUACCUCAAGCAAAUCCAGUCGGGCGAUGCGUCACUCCCCGACCUGGCGCAGAAGUUCUCCGACUGCAGCUCCGCCAAGAGGGCAGGAGAUCUCGGCGUCUUCGGCCGAGGCGUCAUGCAGAAGGCUUUCGAGGAGGCCGCGUUUGCCCUGAAAGUGGGCGAAUUGUCCGGCAUCGUGGACACCGACUCUGGCCUCCAUGUCAUCCUGAGAACACUCUAAAACACUUGGCAUUUUCUUCAGAAGUUCGCGUUCUAUUGAAUCUUUUCCAACAACAUUUUCGCCCCCGGGGAUUUGUGAGUCGCAAUCACGUCCCGGCACUUCUGCAGCAUCCCAGUCAACUUCUCAGCCUCCGGAGCGCUCUUCAGCAGAUCCACCAGCAGGAAGCAACCUCGGUUGAUAGGCAACCACUUUUCCAGCUGCAAAAGAAAGCAGUACGAUGAGCAUUUUCCAGUUGCUGCGAUCCUCUGGAGAGCCUGGGAUAUAAAUUGAAAA